AUGUCAGAAGUACUUGAAGGUCCAUUAACCUAUGAGGCUGGUAUAAAACUAGUGGAUGAGCAAUAUAUCUAGGGAAUCAGAAGAUACCUGAAGACAAGAACACUUGAUAAGAGUCACAAGAGCUAUAUCUAGUGUUACACAAUGGUUCUAAGAUUGUGUGAUGAGUUAGACAAAGCUAAGGAGUUGAAUCAAUACUUUAAGCAGACUUUAUGCGAUCAUAUUGAGAAGCAUGUCGUACCAGAACUUAAAUCUAAAAAGGAGGAGGUCUUAUUGCAAGCCUUCGUGAAAGAAUGGAAAGACUAUACCAUUCUAGUUCAUUAUAUGAGAAAAAUGUUCAAUUAUCUUGAUCGCUAUUUCUUGAAGAAUUCCAGUAUGUAAUCAUUAGCAACUAGUGCUCUAGUAUUCUUUAAGGAGACCUGCUUCAAUAAUAUAUAGCAGAUGCUCAGAUAAGCUCUUCUCAACCAGAUCACCAAAGAUCGUAAUAGCGAAGUAGUUGAUUGGGAUUUGUUGAAGAACUGCAUUACUGCCUUUGUCCAAAUGGGUUUCAUUACUGCAGACAUUAUUGGACUCGAUGGAGAUUACGUUUGGAAAGGAGAAAGAAAUCUUACAAUUUAUGAAAAAAGUUUCGAAGAAUAGCUUAUUACAAAGGCUAAAGAAGAAUACAGUUAGAAGAGUCAAGGCUGGUUAUGUAACUUAAACUGCCCAGAAUACCUCAAGGCAGCUGAAGACAACCUUAAGAAGGAAGAAGAAAGAGCAAACUAUUUCUUACAACAAGAGACUAAGCCAAAGCUCUUAUCAGUGAUCCAGCAUGAAAUCAUAGAGAAAUAGGCUCAAAACUUGGUUGAUAAGGAUACAGGAUGUGAUUCAAUGUUCUAGCACAAAAAAUUGGAAGAGCUAGCGCUAAUGUUCAGAUUAUUCAAGAGAGUUGAGAGCACUCUUAAAUUUAUCAUUUAGAAAAUGGCUCCAUAUAUUGAGGGUAGAGGAGAAAAGAUUGUAACUGAUGAAGCUCUUUUGAAGGACCCUAAUGAGUUCACCACUAAACUGCUAGACCUUAAAAGAGAAAUGGACGAGAUGGUGGAAAGAAGCUUUUUAAAUGAUAUUAGAUUCUAAAAGAAUAGAGAUGUUUCCUUCCAAAAUUUUAUGAAUAAAUGCCAAUUUACCCCUCAAUAUAUUGCUGCUUACUGUGAUACUGAAUUCAAGAAAGGAUUUAAGGGUAUUAGUGAACAUCAAAUUAAUGAAAGAUUAGAUGCUAUUAUAAAGUUGUUCUGUUGUCUUCAUGGAAGAGAUGUUUUCAUUAAGGCUUACACCAAGCAUUUAUCAGCUAGAUUAUUGAAUAAGAGUUAUCUAUCAUUAGAUGCUGAGACUUCAAUGCUUGGAAAACUAAAAGUCGAAUGUGGCCAUAAUACAGUUAAUAGAAUUUCUCAAAUGUUUACAGAUAUGAACUUAUCAAAGGAUCUAAUGCUUGAAUUUAAAUAAUCAGCAGGAGCUAAAUAAAUUGCUGAUCAAGGUGUUGAUUUUAUAGCCGAAGUCUUGACCAACGGUCAUUGGCCCGAAUAGCCACCUGCUGCUUGCACUCUUCCACCUGAAAUGAAAGAUGUCAGUGGAAGAUUUGAAUCAUUCUAUAAACAUAAGCAUCAAAACAGACAUUUGACCUGGCUAUAUCAACACGGUUCUCUUGAAUUAAAACCAGUUUUUGUUUAGGGCAAGAACUAUACCCUUGUUGUUAGUUGCUAUCAGUCUGUUAUCCUUUUCUUAUUCAAUAAGCAUCAGACAUUAUCAUAUAGCUAAAUCAAAGAAAUGACUUAGAUUCCAGAAGGUGAACUUAACCCAGCUCUUAUCUUCUUAUGUAACCCAAAAAAUAAAGUCUUAGACAAAGAAAACAAGAAAGAGCCAAAGUUCUAGCCUAACGAGAAGCUCUCAGUAUUCCUUGGUUUCUAAAACCAAAAUCUAAAAGUCAACUUUAUCCCAACUGUGACUCAUAAGAAGAAAGACGCUGCUGAGAUCAAGCCAACUGUAGACACUGAUAUCGAAAAUGAGAGAAGAAACAUUAUUGAUGCUGUGGUUGUGAGAAUUAUGAAAGCUAGAAAAACUGAGAAGCAUAAUCAACUCCUCGAGGAUGUAAUAAGAUAGAUUAGCAACUUUAUGCCUCAACCUCAAAUGAUUAAGCAAAGAAUCGAGUCUCUUAUUGAAAGAGAAUAUCUUAAGAGGGAUGAAAAUGAUAGAAGCAAGUAUAUUUAUCUUCCAUGA